UUUAUAGCAAAAAAGUGCAUCUGCCUAAUCUACCAUGGACCAUUCUUGGGAUAUUGUUGUGUGGACACUGGAAAACACAAUUGAUUAUGUCCCUUCAUCCUGGGCAAAUGAUACCCGAACUAAGUAUAAAUAUCCACUGAGUAAAAAUACACUUAAAAUUAAAAAACUUAUUGAUGGUAACAUAACUCUUGAAGAUGGUCAGUUUGAAUGGCUUGAUACUGUCUGCAAAGCACAAUCUAUUAGAGAUUUACAAAUGGCAAAAGAGCUAUGUGAAAGGGGAACCUACACCUCGAACUUUAAAAUUACUGAUCCAGAGUGCAGCUCUGAAGUAAAAAGAAAACGAAAAAAGGUUAGGCGACUAUUUAAUAAUAUAACAGAUUCGUCAUCUGAUGAAAAUGUUCCAUUAGCUAGGGGGCAGAAUUUAAUUCGGAAAGUUUUUUCAAGUCAUAAAGCUUUAAAUUCACAAACUUCUAAUAUUCAAGAUCUCUUGCAUAAGAAUAAAACACACUCUUCGGAGCCCUUACUAGAAAAUGUGUGUGAAGCACAGUUUACCUCGUCAGCUAAACCUGUAAGAGCUUUUACAAAUGCAACAUCAGCUCAACAAACACCAGAAACUAGUUCCACUCCAGUCUCAAUGCAUAGAAAUUUAUCAACUAAAUUUUCCUCAGAUUUAACCCCACUACUGAAAGAAAUUACAGAAAUAAAAUUUUAUAUGAGAGAAACUAGGACCAUUUUAUCAAGAAUUGAACAUUUUAUGAACAAUAACUGUAAGAGUAGCAAUUCUGGUGAUGACUUAUAUACAAUAGGGGACAGUAGAAAUAACUUCUUGGAAAAGUUUCCAUGCCAGACAAAACAGCAAUUGGAAGAAGUAGAGUCCAUUAUUACGGAACCUAAAUUUAUGAAGGAACUAAUAACAUUUCUUUAUCUGACAGGACGAAAUAACCCACACAAAAGUGUCUAUAUGGCAAUGCAAAAGGUUUUUGGGAAAGAAUUAGCACUACUGUAUAGUGGACAGGCAAAAAAGAAAAAGAUUCCCUUUUGCAGCAUGAAAACUUAUCAGGCUGGUUUUGCUGCCAUUAGAAAACGAUACCCUGGUGUGUCUGAUGAUUCAAUAAAAAAAUCAGUAUCUUUGUUCUUAGCCACUGCUAAAUCGCGUUUAAUUAGCAAAUGUAAUGCUACGACGCCAUCAGCUGAAGGGUAAGUGUAAUUUUUAUUUGUAGUUUAAUAACAGCUUUAUAGAGUUUAUUUAGAUAAAGUUAAUAGUAUAAAAAAAGUAUUGAAAAUAAAUGGAAUUUAAAAAAGCUAGCACUGAAAUGUG